AUGAGGAAACAAGCAGCUGAAAUGCAAGCCAAUUGUCCCAAGUGUGCAACGAUACCCUCCACCGAAGAAUCAUUCACCAUCUCGUUUGUGGAGGAUUGGAGGGCUCUGUACUUAGCAUCCUUCAUCAACGGAGUCCUACCAACCAAUCCCAAGCAUGCACGCAAGCUCAAAAAGACAAUGAAAAAGUACUUCAUAGACGGGUCAACUCUCUACCGCAAAGGGUGUAAUGGUGAGCCAUUAAAGUGCUUGGGAGAGUCAGAAGCACAGCAAGUCAUGCAAGAAAUUCAUGCUGGAGAAUGUGGUGAGCACCAAGGAAUGAAGAGGGUUCACCGGCAGUUGCUGAGUGUUGGGUAUUAUUGGCCUACAAUGAAGAACGAUGCAUACAACUUCGUGAAGAGGUGCCACACAUGCCAAGUUCAUGCCAACUUAAGUCACAAGCCUCCCACGCUGCUGCAGGACAUGCGCACUCCUUGGCCCUUUCAUACUUGGGGGCUUGAUUUGAUUGGAGUAUUCAUCAAUGCAAAGUGGCUCAAGCUUUACUAUUGCUAA